AUGACCACCACAGCUACGGCGAGUCAUGUUUUCAAAACUGUUAGAUUCGAACUAGACCCGGUCUUCCGCAGUCCGACAUCUCUUCAGUACAAGGACUUCCGUGCCAACCACCGGACCAAGCAAUCAGUCUCUCCCCAUUUCAAACCUCGAUUCACCUUCAAGUCCGAGGACAGAACCAGCCUUGAAGACCCUUCGAUAAAAAAUGCAGGCACCUCAGACCCAUUGAUGCCUCUCUACCCCUAUGGCAAGAACGUCACCUUCAAGGAAGCAAACUUUGGUCUCUACGGAGGUGCCACUGUUACCUCUGGGAACAAGAUCUCCAAAGGAAGGAACAAGGGCAAGACUCUGCGCCAUUGGUUUCCUAAUGUUAGAUUGGAGACGGUUCGGAGUGAAGCUCUCAAUCGAGAGCUGCGAAUACCAAUCACUGCACGCGUCAUGAGAACCAUUAAGAAGUGCGGUGGUCUCGAUGAAUACCUUUGUGGAGAGAAGCCUGCCAGGAUAAAGGAACUGGGUCUGCUCGGGUGGCGCUUACGCUGGCUAGUGAUGACGUCUCCAAAGAAAUUGGAAGAAUACAAACAGCAGAGAGCAGCAUUGGGCUUGCAAGGAAAGUCUCCUCUAAUCGAAUCAUUUGAAGAUGCCUGGAACGAUCCAGAGAGACAGCAGAAGCUCAUCGACCAACAAGAGGUUGCUUGGCAGAGUCUAAGAGAUGCUGCCACCAGAUUCGAGGCUCAUGUUCAAAGGCAAUGGAUCGACUCGGGAGAGAAGCAUGAGUACAAGAUUCCUGAGUUGCAUGCUCUGAAGGACAACUCUUUUGCACGCUUUCAGCUACCCACUACAUUGCCAGAAUACGACCUUGAUGACGUUCAAGUUCCAGGCCUUCGUCAACAUGAUCUUCCCGUGCGGAAGCGAGUCAGGGAAGUUGAAAGCGAUGGAGACGAGGCUGAAGGAUUUGUGGCAGACUCAGUCGAAGCUGAUGAGCGGGUUCGGACUGUCGUUGUCGACGAGUUCCGGGACGAACUUCGGAGCAUCAUCAAGAAGGAGAAGAAGGCCAAGAACAUUGAGAAGCUGGCGAAGGCGCAGAGGGUGGACGCAAGUAAGAAGACGUUCCGUCUGAAGGAGACUACAGCUUCAGUAUAA